AUGCCAGCUCCACAAGAUCCCACCAGGAUGCUCAUCAGAGAGCAGAUGAUAGAGCUUGUUCGUCGCAAACAAGCUGAGAUCACCAAGGGUCUCGAAACACUCGACACCGUGAAAUUCAGACCAGACUCGUGGGUCCGCGGCAACGACGGUGGUGGCGGAACGUCGAUGGUGCUCCAAAACGGUACAACGUUCGAAAAAGGUGGUGUCAACGUCUCUGUUGUUUACGGACAGCUGUCACCACAGGCGAUUUCUGCGAUGAAACACGACCACAAGAACCUCAAACUGCCCGUGGACCCAGAAAGUGGUCUACCCAGCGCAGAGGGCGUCAAAUUCUUCGCGUGUGGGCUCAGUAUGGUGAUCCACCCUUCGAACCCUCACGCUCCAACCACACACUUGAACUACCGGUAUUUCGAGACGUGGAACCCUGACGGGACGCCCCAGACAUGGUGGUUUGGCGGUGGAGCAGAUCUCACCCCAUCGUAUCUGUACGAGGAAGACGCACGUCUUUUCCACGCGGAACACAAGAAGGCUCUGGACAAGCACGACACCACUCUUUACCCGCGCUACAAGAAAUGGUGUGAUGAGUAUUUCUACAUCAGACACCGUGACGAGACUCGUGGUAUUGGGGGCAUUUUCUUCGACGACAUGGACGACCGCGAGCCACAGGAGAUCUUGGCCAUUGUUGAGGACUGCUUUGACGCGUUCCUACCCGCAUACUUGCCCAUUGUGGAGCGCAGAAAAGAUAUGCCCUUCACAGAAGAGGAGAAACAGUGGCAGUUGAUUCGUCGCGGACGUUAUGUGGAGUUCAACUUGGUGCUUGACAGAGGUACUCAAUUUGGACUAAGAACACCGGGAUCCCGUACUGAGUCUAUCUUGAUGAGUCUUCCCGUGACCGCUUGCUGGUUGUACGAUCACCAUCCGGAGCCAGACUCUCGUGAAGACAAACUUCUACAAGUGCUCAAGACACCUGUGGAGUGGGUUUGA